AUAAGAAUACUUAUAAAUAUUCUUGGUAUCUACUUGAUUUGACAUCGCAAUCAGGAGCAAUCCAUAAUUACAGCGAAAAUAAAGAACAAUGCUAUCGUGUGUAUAGGCUGAGAGGUAUUCUAUUUCAAUGCAGAUGUAAUAUUGACAAUGUAAAUAUAUUGUUACAUGUUUUACAUGUUCGAUUUUGAACACUAAGACAUCAAAACAAGUCUCAAAACAAAUAUUGAUAUUGAUUUAAAACCACAAGACAACCAUUCAUAAAAUAAGAUCCUAUAUCACAUAGGAUUUUAAAUUAUUAAAAAGUCUUGUUUCCCUUCUGCACGAAAGCGUCUUAAUUUUUAGAGAACCUUGUUUCAAUCAACUUACUCAAUUUUUCACAAAAUGCCUAAGCCAACAAAGAAAUUGUCUUCGCAAGAACAAGCACAGGAAUCGGAUCCUGUUUGCCUGAAUUUCCAUGAUAUUAUUCUGCGUAGUAAGGAUAUUAACAUAUUGAAAGGUCCACACUGGCUAAAUGAUCAAAUAAUUGCUUUCUAUUUCUCAUAUCUUAAAAAAUUAAAGUGUAAAAACAAUUCGGAUAUACUUUUUGUAGCGCCAGCAGUGACCCAGUGCAUGAAGUUUAUAAGCCAGGAAGAAUUAACAACCAUGUUAAAAGACUUGAAUGCCGGUUCUAAAAUGUUUAUAUUGUUCGCAUUGAAUGACAAUAUAACGGCACUUGCUGGAGGUAGCCACUGGUCAUUGCUGGCGUUAUCCAGGCCUGAAAGAACAUUCUACCAUUUUGAUUCCCUCUGCGAUCAAAACGUCAGUGCGGCCAGUCAAUUAAUACACCAAGUCAAAGCUGCACUGAACUGUAAAAGAUAUAAAUUGAAGACAAUGAAAUGUUUGCAGCAAACAAACACCUAUAAUUGUGGAAUACAUGUUCUAUGUAUGGCUGAAAAAAUCGUUGACUAUGUUAACAUAUUCAAACAUAUGGACGGCGUGGGUCAGUUGAAACAAGAAACUGUGGAUGGUAAACGUGCUAAGUUGUUAAAAUUAAUCGUUACUUUGGGUGGAAAACACGUUUCAGUUUAAUCUAUUUUCUAUUUGUUAUCUUUAUAUGGUACUUAUAAUAUUCUUGAAAGUAGAAAUAAAUACAAAUUGUUGCAAUUGGUAGCAAUAAUUAUA